AUGCCGCCAUUCAAAAAGACCGAGAUUCACUCUUCCAUCUUUCCUGGGGUUGGUGCUGGCGACGGUGAGGAUGAGGCAGACGCAACCUCGACUGCUUUUCCCAGCAAGGCAAACUCGUUUGACGGCCAAAGAGGCAACGAAAAGGAGAAAAUCAUCCUUGUCACCUUUGAUGACAACGAUCCUGAGGACCCCUUUAAUUGGCCGACGAGCAAAAAGUGGAUGAUGACGGUUCUGCUCUGCUCCAUGACAAUGAUGAUUGGCCUCAGCACCACCGCUUACAGCUCAGGGAUCAACAAGAUGGCUGCCGAACUGGGAUUCUCCGUCGAGGCAGGACAGGCCGGUCUCACGGCCUUCAACGGAGCUUGUGCCGUGCUUCCCCUCUUCAUCGCUCCCCUGUGCGAACUGACAGGCAGGCGGUGGAUCUACCUCGGGGGCUUCGCCGGAUUCACCUUCAUCACCUUUGGACUGGCGUUUGCCCAGAACCUGGCCACGAUUAUUAUUUGCCGCCUUCUAAGCGGGAGCUUCGGCAGCAUCGGCACAAUCCUGGUCGGAGGCACACUUUCCGAUAUGUGGAAGCCAGAGGACAUCUCAGUGCCCAUGUCGCUCUUCACCUUUGCCGCCAUCUUCAGCACUAUCUUUGCGCCGACGUACAGUGGCUACAUUGACCAAUACCUCGGCUGGCGAUGGAUCCAGUACAUACAUCUUGCCGCCUCUGGCAUCGUCUUGCUCCUCGAGGUCAUUACCCUGCGCGAGAGCCGAGGCGAGGCAAUUCUGCGCUCGCGAGCCAAGCGCUUGCGGAGGGAGACGGGCCAGAAGAACCUGCGCGCCAAGGCCGAGCUCGAGGGUGACACAAUCGGCCAGCUCUUUCGCCAUUCGAGCCUGAGGGCGAUCAAGCUCUUCGCGUCGGAGCCAGUCGUCGUCUUCCUCGGCCUCUGGAUCGCGCUUGCGUGGGGCACGACGUUUCUCUUUCUCUCAGUCAUCUCCAUCACCUUUGCCGACAUCCGGGGCUGGUCCGAGGGCAACGCCGGCCUGCCCUACCUGUCGCUGGCCCUUGGCUGCUUCUUUACCUUUGGCGCCGGCCUCUUGCAAGACAAGGCCUACGACCGCAACAAGGCCAAGAACGGCCACGGGAGCCCCGAGGCUCGGCUCUACAUUGCCAUGGCCGGCGGCUCGAUGCUGCCCGUGGGUCUGAUGAUUUACUCGUGGACCGGGCCCUUUGUCUGGGUCCAUUGGUUCGGCCCAAUGGUCGGCCUCUUUCUCAUCAUCGUGGGCAUCUACUCGAUCUUUCUCUCCGUCUACAGCUACACGGCCGACGCUUAUCCGGCCAUUGCAAGCUCAGCCAUCGCAGCCCAGGGUCUGAUGCGCAACAUGCUCGCCGCUGUCACACCGCUCUUUGCGUCGCAGAUGUUCAACGGCAUGGGCGUCCAGUGGGCUGGCUUGCUUCUCAGUCUCGUGGCCCUGGCCCUUACGCCUCUGCCCUUUGUCCUUUUCUUAAAGGGAAAGACGAUUCGGCAAAAGUCCAAGAAUGCCGCUUCAGACAAAGACCUUGAGCAGGAGGAGAAACACGGGCAGGCGUAAAUCUCGUCUUCUAUUGCCCAAAAUUGCAUUUCUUUUCAUGAAUGUGUGCAACGGCGAGUGUCACGGUCAGGACCUCAUGAUGAUGCGUUGCCGCCACGGAAGAUUCCAUCAAGAUGAUGCCAGAUCUCGCCGCCGUCGUCAGGGGCGCUGUUGUCAAGGCGAAACAGUUGUGUGUCGAGAUCGAAAAGAUUGGUGAUAUCCGCCACCGUGGGAGGAGGAGGAGGGGCUUGAUCCCGCUGCUGCUGCUGCUGCUGCUGAUGAUGAUGAUGAUGAUGAUGCUGAUGAUGAGCACCGUGGGGUAGGUCUGCGCUCGACGUUGGGGAGAGC